UGCACUCUGUAGGAGCCGCUUAGGCAUGGACAGUUUCGGUAAUGAGAAGAAGGGGACAGAGUUCUGGUAGUUACUUAGUUAUUACGGAGAAUUUGCUACCACUUUAAAUUGCAUUGUUAUUUCAGUGUAUUCGUUGAAUAAUUUGGGGUUUUCAUGUUAUGCAAUCUACAGUUUUUAGGUGAUCUACAACUGGCAUACCUGCCAGCGAAAUACAUCUAUUUGCCCAGAGGGUCAUCGUCAACGACACCCUCUGCUCCACUGUCAAUUGUUCAGAAAAUGACCGGAGAAAAGAUCCGCUCCAUGCGCAAGGAUCAUAAACCGAGGAAAGAAGAGGAUUUACUGGAACCGGACGAGGAGGCUGCAACUGGGACAUUUACUUUAACCAAGACUAAUAAUAAAGACAAAGCAAGUAAAAUCUUUAACAAUCACAAGUUGGUCAAAUCUCCAUCGACACAGCAACAACAUCAGAAUCAGCAAUCACAGAUAAAUGCAAACACUAACACAUUAUCAACGGAGGACGUUAUCGAUGAUAACAACAAAAACCCUAUCAUACGAACCGGCGAAGACUUUCCAGUCCAUGAAUGUGUAUUCAAGGGAGAUGUCCGACGCUUGUCCUCGCUCAUUCGAACUCAGAAUAUCGCUCAGAAAGAUAGCCAUGGAAACACACCCCUACACCUCGCUGUCAUGAUGGGUCACAAAGAGUGUGCCCAUCUGCUGCUGGCCCACAAUGCACCAGUGAAGGUGAAGAACGCUCAGGGAUGGAGUCCCCUCGCUGAAGCCAUCAGCUACGGCGAUCGACAAAUGAUCACAGCGCUGCUAAGGAAGCUCAAACAGCAGUCCAGAGAGAAUGUGGAGGACAAGAGGCCAAAGCUACUGAACGCCCUCAAAGAGCUGGGAGACUUUUAUCUGGAGCUUCACUGGGACUUUCAAAGCUGGGUACCUUUGCUCUCCCGAAUCCUGCCCUCUGACGUGUGUAAGAUCUACAAACACGGCAUCAACAUCAGACUGGAUACCACCCUAAUAAACUUCACAGAUAUGAAGUGCCAGCGUGGUGACCUUAGUUUCAUCUUCAAAGGCGACGCCAACCCCUCUGAGUCUUUUGUGGUGCUGGACAAUGAACAGAAGGUGUACCAGCGGAUACACCACGAGGAGUCAGAGAUGGAGACAGAGGAAGAGGUGGACAUCCUUAUGAGCAGUGAUGUUUACUCUGCCACUCUCUCCACCAAGUCCAUCACCUUCUCCAGAGCCCAGACUGGCUGGCUGUUCCGAGAGGACAAAACGGAGCGUGUGGGAAAUUUCCUGGCGGAUUUCUACUCGGUGAACGGGCUGGUGCUGGAGUCACGGAAGCGUCGGGAGCACCUGAGCGAGGAGGACAUCCUGAGGAACAAGGCCAUCAUGGAGAGCCUGAGCAAAGGAGGGAACCUCAUUGAGCAGAACUACGAGCCUGUGAGGCGACAGUCACUAACUGCCCCUUCACCCAACACUAUCUCCUGGGAGGACUACAUCAACGCAGAAAACGGAAAAGUGCCUCAUCUAGGAAGAGACCUGGUAUGCAAAGAUAGCAAGAAAAACUUCAAAGCGACCGUAGCCAUGAGUCAAGACUUCCCUCUGGGCAUUGAAUCGUUAUUAAACGUUCUAGAGGUGAUAGCACCCUUCAAGCACUUUAAUAAACUCAGAGAGUUUGUUCAAAUGAAACUCCCUCCUGGUUUCCCUGUCAAACUGGAUAUCCCUGUCUUUCCAACCAUCACGGCCACGGUGACUUUUCAAGAGUUCCGCUACGACGAGUUUGAGGAGUCCAUCUUCACCAUAGCCAAUGAGUACAAAGAGGACCCCACCCGCUUCCCUGACCUUUAACCCCUUUGGCUGGACACCAGAAAGGGUCACCUAUGAAAGGGCAUUGAUAUUUCAUCAAGUUGUCUUAGGAGAAGACAAGAAAAGGAAGUUGUAUGUGUAAGGUUUUAAAUGGAAGUGAAAAGAUGGAGCUACUGUCUAGAGCUUUGUUUGGAGUAGCUUCACUGAACUUUGGGCACUGUUUAGAUGCACUACAGCCAGUCAGUACUGGGCUGAGUUGGCCUUGGCAGCAGAGGGGAGGACCUACUGCGCCAGUCGAUACUCAACUCUUUGGUACUCCACCUGAAAGCAAUGAUAGACACGCUAGGAAAUUGAAUUGUACCAGAGCAAAGUUGUCUUAUCCUAUUUGACUGGCAGCAAGCGUGGCAUUAUAAGUAUUACAUAUAAGAAUUGUUUUCAUAUUCUACCUUUUUAAACUAUGUAACAAACUGUACAAUUCAGUUAAAGGAAAUUAACCAGGAGUGAAAGUUGUCUGUAGAUGAUAAGGUAUGAAUGAAGUACAAUGUAAGGGCUCGAAUCAAUCCGUAUCGCAGAAGUUCAGCACUACAGCACGAUAGCAAUUUAAAGUCAAUGUUCCCGCGUUAGCGGAGACUGCAUUCACGGUAAAUGCUGCAUAUGUCGGCUCAAUCUAAAAUUACCUGUACAUUUCAAUCACGCUAUAGCGCUAAACUUCAGCGAUACGGAUUGAAUAUAGACCUAAAUGGAAUUUUUACAGGUAGCAAAAAUCAGGCCUUUUCCUUGUGCAAGGUGUAAAUACCUGUUUUAUAUUUGUUUUAUUUUGUAUUUUUUCUUUUUCUUUUUGUUAAUAUGGGGGUAGAUGUCUUCUAUGACAAGAACAGUUUCUGAAGUUUGUUGCCGAGCCUAGUUGACGUGAGUUCACCCAAGAGGUCAUUGGUUUGUAUCGUGGUGGCAAUGGAUAUUUUUGUACAUUUAAUAUUGUGCUGGUAAGUCUCCAAUUUUGCUUUGUUUUUUUGUCUUCAUUGUCAAACAUAUGUCAAGUCUUUGUUGACCUCUCCCCUGCAGACUUAUGUAUGAGCCAAGUGUACAAAGCACUGUGAGGUCUUACAUCCUUGAGUUUUACAAGGACUGGAUUAUUCAGCAGAGUUGCCAUCUUCAGAACAGUUUCAGUUGAGUCCUGUUUGCUUCUGAACAUUGCAAAAUGUUGCUCUUCCUUUAAGCCCUGUUUAUACCUGGUUCUAACAUGCAUCCUUGUCCUGAUCUUGUCCACAUUCUGAUUGUGCCCACAUUUUCAGAUGGGUGUAGACAAUUAAAAGACUCAUUGUGAGUCUGGAUAUCUUACAAGUGUAGACAGAUCUGGACAGUGAAACCAUUUAAAUCAUCAUCAUCCCUUCUGAAAUCAUUGACUGGUGGCACCAUUGAUUUAUGGCAUCGAUAUGUGUCUUAAAACAAAUCAAUAUUAUUUUGAAAGAAUAGCUGUCAAAUCAUUUGCAUACAGGGAGGGAUCUGGAACUCUAGUCACAAUGCAGACACAGAAGAUGGAUAUUAGACAUUUUAAUAACAUGUUGACAUAUUUCUGAAAAUGUGGGCACUCAAUGUGGACAAGAUCAGGACAAAGGACGCAUGUUCGCGCCAGGUAUAUACAAGGCUUUACUUUCAAGGAAAAGGUCAAAUCCAAUAAUAAGCUUAACUAUGCCUUGCUUCAGGAAUGAAAUAGGACUUCUCUGAAGUGGUGCUCAAUUGGUUCCGCUGGGUAUGGUGUACAACUGGGUUUGCUGAGCUGGAGUGUGAUCAAUACAGCACCAGAAGCAAUAGAAAUGGCAGAAUGCUUUGUACUCCCGACUCAUUUUCUUUGUACGUUGAUCAGGGCCCUAUUGACGUAGCAAGUAGUUAUAAUAAACCUUUCCAUCAUGCUUCCAUGCCACACUACUGGUUAGUGCUGCAAAUGGAAAUGUGCUUUCUUCACUUUUUGUUGUGGGCUGAAUGUUACUUUACUCCUUACCAUGGCUUUAGCUGCCAGGAGCUGAUGUAAACACUUAUGUUUUCAUGCAUCUACAUGCCAGUUGUACAGCAAGAAACCUUGUAUAAGCCUGACACUAUUUUCAUAUGAAAAACAUUUUUACUAAAAUAAAGUGUCCACGUCUAAAUUAA